AACAAAUUAAAAGCAAAGAAAGCCGAAAGAGAAAGGGAAAGCGGUGAGCGAAAGCGAGCUCGAGGCUCGAGGCCUAGGUGAGGGCGAGCGAGGGAAAAGAGCUCUUAUCAUAUCUUGGGCUGUCGAUUGGAUCGAAGCGUGACCCAGCAUGAUAUCAUGACCUCUUCUUCCCAUUAUAUCUUCCUCCUCCUCAUCCUCCCUCUCUUGCCCCCCAACUUUCUCUUUUGCAACCAUUUCAUUAGAAUCAAACCCUAGAAAAAAAUCCCUCCUUUUUUGUUUUCUGUAGACACUAGUUUAUUAAUCGAUCUUUAUUUAUCUGUGAUCGAUUAUCUGGAGCAAUGGGCGGCGAUCUGAGCUCUUGCUCCCAAGCAAUUCGUUUCUUUGUGUAUUCUUUUGGUCGGGGGUGAGCUGUAAGGCUUUAUCAGAUCGGCGAAGGGUUCGUUGUUUGUAGUUUUGCCGUGAUGGAGCCUCGCGUGGGGAACAAGUUCCGGCUCGGUCGCAAGAUUGGGAGUGGCUCCUUUGGGGAGAUCUAUUUAGGUACUAAUAUCCAAACAAAUGAAGAAGUCGCCAUUAAGCUUGAAAAUGUCAAGACAAAGCAUCCGCAGCUGCUAUAUGAAUCAAAACUGUACAGAAUUUUACAAGGAGGAACUGGCAUUCCAAAUGUGCGAUGGUUUGGUGUGGAAGGUGACUAUAAUGUUCUUGUCAUGGAUUUAUUAGGACCAAGCCUUGAAGAUCUUUUUAACUUCUGUAGCAGGAAGCUUUCUUUGAAGUCUGUGCUUAUGCUGGCAGAUCAGAUGAUAAACCGAGUAGAAUUUGUUCAUGCUAAAUAUUUUCUUCAUCGAGAUAUUAAACCGGAUAAUUUUCUGAUGGGUUUGGGAAGGCGAGCAAAUCAGGUGUAUAUUAUUGACUUCGGUCUUGCCAAGAAGUAUAGAGACACUUCAACUCACCAACACAUCCCAUAUAGAGAGAAUAAGAAUUUGACUGGGACAGCAAGAUAUGCAAGCAUGAAUACACAUCUUGGCAUUGAGCAAAGCAGGAGGGAUGAUUUGGAGUCUCUUGGAUAUGUUCUCAUGUAUUUCUUAAGGGGAAGUCUUCCAUGGCAAGGUCUCAAAGCAGGAACCAAGAAACAGAAGUAUGAGAAAAUUAGUGAAAAAAAAGUUUCCACAUCCAUUGAGGCCUUGUGUCGGGGUUAUCCUUCAGAAUUUGCAUCAUACUUCCACUACUGUCGUUCACUACGUUUUGAUGAUAAGCCAGAUUAUGCCUAUCUUAAGAGAAUUUUUCGUGAUCUUUUUAUUCGUGAAGGUUUUCAAUUUGAUUAUGUGUUCGACUGGACCAUUUUGAAAUAUCAACAAUCACAGAUUGCAAGUGCUCCUCCACGAGCUCUUGGACCUGGUGCUGGACCUAGUUCAGGGUUGGCCCCAGCCAUUGCCAAUGCUGAUAGGCAAUCAGGUGGUGAGGAAGGAAGAACAAGUGGUUGGUCAGCAAUGGAUCCUUCUCGUCGGCGAAUUCCAGCACCUGCUAUAAAUGCCAGUAGCUUAUCGAAACAAAAGAAUUCAGAAGGAAAUGAUCCGGGUGUUACCAAGGAAACUAUGUUAUCCAGUUCAACUUUUUUGGGCUGGUCAAACGGAUCAUCAAGGCGAGCUGCUGUUUCUAGCAAUGCAGAUGCAAUAAUAGGCAGCGAGGCAGAAAUGUUGCGCCCUCGCACCAGAGAAGCUAGCCCUGGAACUUUCCACAAAGUUUCAAGUGCUCAGAGAAGUUCCCCAGUCACAUCAGCAGAGCAGAGGCGCACUUCUUCUGGCAGCUUCAGCACAGACGAUCUUUUUUGGUACAUAGCACAGACGAUCUUCAUGGCUGGAUUUUCAUCUUCAGAUGCUUUCCAGCAGUAAUUACAGUGCCUCGCAAACCAGAACCAGGUGCAAAAAUAUCCACUUUGCCUGUGGUAUCUUUCUAGGCCCUGAACUUGAGCAAAAAUCAAUUGUGAUGAGCAUAGUGGCAACAAAACAAUGCAAGCAGAUAUGAGACUAAGCUGACAGAAGGGUGAUAGCUAAACUGAAGUAGAACACCAUGAAGCCAGAAGAUAAAAAUGGUCAGACAUAGGAGAAAUGGGGGACGCAAAAAACAUAUUACAAAGAUUUAAUUUUAUUUAUUCCUAGAAGUGGUAUUAUUCAACCACAGGUAAAUAUCUUUGGUUGCUGCAAAAUUAAGUAAUAGGGGCCCACUUUACAUUUCACGGUAGUGGAAGUGGGU